AUGCUAGGAAGAUUGAUACAGGGAUACUCGAGAGGUGGGCAACUCGAGAGUGCGACCGAGGAGACUCACACUCGUACGCUUCUCUGGCCGGAGGUCACCCCCGACGGACGCUAUGGCUCCCUCUCACCUCCUGCGACUCCCUUCGGCUCCCCGAGCCUUCGUGCUUCUCCCUUUGACGACCGAGCUGGGUUGGACCUGAACGAAACGAAAGAUAUCCGAAUCGUCAUCGCCCAAGAUGCCUUCGGCACACAUGAUCGCCCCAUGCUGCUAUAUGACACCCAGAAUGCGGAAACGGCCUCGGGCGUUGCUUCGCCCACAGGGUAUAACGCCUCCCCCUUUGGCAGUGGUAGCACGCCCAAAGAACCCUAUAGCCCAAUCACUGGACACAUGAGGAAUAGGAGCUCUACGAUGUCUGGGUCCCCGGCCUCGUGGGCACGCCCAAAUAAAGAGUCAGAGCCCACAGAUCAUAUCAGCAAUGUGUUGGACUGUAUGUUUGGAGUGAGCAGCGCCACAAAGUCCGGCGCAAGCACCAAAAUACAUGUCUUGCCGGGACAGCGUCCAGCUGCAACUGGUCCAGCUGGUCGAACAUCGUCCUCGAAUGUCCAGAGUCCAACUCCACUGCGUGCACCUUUAGUGAGAGCAAAAACUUCUGGCAAUCCCACCGCGGCCCCUCGGCAGACUGGGUCGCCCAAAGAGGCGGAAGUGGAAACUCGAGACUCAAUCUUGAUCACUAGGAUCUUUCCUGUGACCCUACCCGAGAGCAAGGAUGACUUGAGACAACACCGAAGCUCUUCCACGGGACAAAGUGAUGCUGCAAGUCCUUCCACUCCCGGACGGGAGCUGCACGAGCAGGGUUUGCACGGAAAGAAGCCUAAACUUGUUGAGAAGAAGACUCCAGUCUAUGCAAUCGGGUUGCUGUUCUAUCUGCCACGUUAUAACGAUAUUCGCUCAGGUACCUCCACCACGCGACCAGCUUCAAGGGCCUCUUACAACAGCAUCUCUACCCCUGCUUCUUACGGAUCUGAUACUUCGUGGAUUUUCUUGAAUGCAAUUCCCGAUCAUCUAUUUCCCCAGGAAACAACUAGUCAAUCUACCGACCGGAGUAUGGACAUCAUUGUUCAGAACUGGGAUGUUAUUCUCAGAAGCCUUUCUGUUGUCGAACAGGUUGCUCGUGCUGAGAUUGGCGAUCUGUUACAGCAAGUGAAUCUGGCUAUGAUCUCCUCAGCAGCAAAAGCACCGAAAGGUCCCUCGGAGCAGCGCACCAAUCAACGCAACGUAUAUCUGAGAGCGCCCAAUUUACUGGCAGAGGCUAGCUAUUUACGCCCGCUGAUGAGACAUGCUCUGGGACGGAUGUCGUACGCUCUUAGAAUCCCGCGUGUAUUGACUGGGUUCGGCUUGGAUAAUGGAGGCCAUUGGCUGGACGAAGCACGGUAUCUCGUUCGUAUAUGCGGGAACAAGCAGCAGAACUUCUUCCUCUUCAACUUGUUGACUGCCUUUCUCGGGAAUCAUACCGAGUGGCUGGAGCGUGUGAGCCCGGACUGGUACAGGAAACAAGUGAAAGCAUUGAACAAGACUCGGACUUCCUCUAGCAGCCUUGCUUCUCGCACUGUCAUCAUUUGCGAUAACCGUUCAAUGGCUCGCAGGCUCAUCUUCCUGUUGGCCACUUUCCUGCCGCGCUCGGUAGGAGCAACGGCAUUGGCGAAGGUUGGCGGAGAUUAUAUAUCUCCAUUAAUGACACCUGAUGUCGAGUUUUCAUCUCCAGCAAGGAGGGCGCUACGGGGCGGUUCAAUGAGACUUCAUGCUCACACCAAAUCCCGAGAAGGUUCAUUGGCCUUCCCCACUCGUGAGACUCCAUACUUGUCAACCAGCGUAUCAUCGACAGACAGCGUUGGUGGCCUGGGUAAAGCUUUGCAAAGCAGUUCGCGUUCAAUCUUGUCGCGAAACGAGAAUGACUUGCUGGCAACCAAGCAAGCGUCGGUGUUCACGCCAGAUGGGAAUGGCGCGAUUCAGAAGACGGACGCCACGAGCUCAACUGCCAGCCCUGGUGGGAGCACACCUGUCCCUUACUUUUCCGCCAAGGCCGACAGCUAUUUUCCCCAUGGAGCUGUUGCAGAUGCAGAGGAAGGCAGCGCUAGUGCAGAUCUGGCCCGAAUUCUUCGAAGAGACAGCAGCAGUCAGCCUCAGAGUGGCCAAUCAAGCAUCAAUUGGGGUUCGUUGAUCAGCAAUGUCAGUGGUUUAUGGGGUAAAAGGGGGAGUUCAUCCUCGUCCGCUGCUGAAGCAUCGACCUCAUCUGCUGCAGGAAGUCUGCGGGAUCGCAGGAAGAAUGCGCCCCCAACUGUGUCCAUACAUGCAAGGAAAACUAGCCAACUGGAAAGGAUGGUAAACGAGGCGAACAGCUUGCGCAAAGUGGACACGGAACAUGAAGGUAGCCGUGCCGCUAUACCGAUCCAACGACCUCCAACAUCUGGCAAAGAAGCUCAACCGCCCCGGCUCACCGUAGACGAUAAGGACGGUGUGGUUGAUGUUGACAUCAGUCUUCCAGGAUUCGUUGGCUGGACAGAGGGGAAAUGUGCUUCCCCAGCUUCGUCUUUCAGACUUCGGUCGCCUUCGGUCACUAGUACGGACGAUGCAGGCUCUUUUCUCAGUCGCCAUUCCAAGCGCAUUGAUGGUGCUGGCUCGAAGCCUUUGAACGUUGCCGGUUUCUUGAGGCGUUAUCAUGAAGAUUUCAUCCUUCAGGGUGUGAAGCCUUACCCAGAUCUUAAAGAGGAAGUUCGGCAAAGCAUGACGAGGGAACUCACUCCGCCUGAAGAUGUGCGAAGCUCGUGCCUAGAAGAACAGGACGGGGAGAGAUGGGUUAACGUUUGCACUACUCUCCUCGCGGACUGUCGCACCUUCACCAUCCAGCGUCUCACGUUACAGCGCCGACUAGAACAUGAGGCAUCGACUGCAAAGAAAGAUGUAUACUCCCCUAUAACGAAGCCGGAGAGUGGCUCUUCCGGCCAACGAUCUUACCGCGCUCCCGUAUUCCAGGACGAAGACACAGAGCGCUUUACCAGUGAAACGGUCAUGGACUUUGACACUACUCUCACCGAUGCAAUUGAACGAGUACUUGAUGAAACAGAGCAGUCAGGUCUCAAAACAGUAACUCCAUCAAGAACCCACUCGAGAGUUUUGUCUACUGCGUCAUCCGCCAGAUCCGAACCUUUGGACAUCUCUGGUGCAAGUAAGACUAGAUCUGGCUCCCGUGCCCUGAUGCCAUCUCAGACCGAAUGCCGCCAAGCUGUGGUCGGGGCUUUGGAGGAGGUGGUAAAGAGUGUCAACGAUGAUCUAGCAAAGCACCCGCGCUCGAAAUAUUCUGACGGCAGUCUUAAUGUGGACCGCAAAGCCCUAGAACAAGAGAUGAAACAAGACAAUAUCCUACGUGAAGGUGUGAAGAAAUGGUUACUCAAAGUAGAGGCGAGGAGUGUGUGGUAG